GACGAAGAAUUUCUGCAAAGAUAUACAUACUCAAAAAUACAAUAGAAUACUCAGUUCUGAUUAUUGUCUCAAAUUUCCGCCUAAUCACAAAUUUGAGAGAGAGAUUCACACGCGAUGAUAUAAGCCAAAGAAGAACAGAAGAGGUCGAAAAAAAUGUUGGCAUCCCGCUCCACCUCGACGAAACAAUCCUCAUCCCUCCUCAUCUCAUUUCUAUUCCUAAUUGUCAUCCUCACAACUAUCAUAUACUUUCUUCAAAUAUCCUCUGUGUCCUUUGUCUCUCCCACCUCUUCACCUAAUUCACAUACCUCCCCAUUAUCUUCAUCCACACCUUCUAUUUCUGGGUCCCUUAAUCCCUCAUCACCGCUUUCCAAAACUGUUCUAUUUUCUGAGCAUCCAAUAUACGAGAAUCUUUCCCAUGAAUAUGAUCAUCUUUGGGAUGAAUUACUUCCACAAAAUGGGGGGUUUUUGAGGGUUUUUGACGAAAAUAUGGAGUCAAAUGGGAACGAGUAUGCGGAAGGAAAGAAAGGAGAAGUGCAAAAGGGGAAGAAACAUAGAUAUGGAAUAACUAUGUUUCAUUCUCUCCACUGUUUGGGUAUUAUGAGGGGAGGCGUACAGGAAUUAUUCAGGGAGAUGGAGGAGUUGAAGAUGGAAGUUGAGGAGUUGAAGAUGGAGAAGAUGGAAGACGAUGAGGAGGCGGAGAGCAAAAUGAGAAGGGGACAGCAGAAAAAGAGAGCGGGAGGCGGCCAUGGUCAUGGUCAUGAUUUUGGUCACAUUGAACAUGGGGAUCCGUUGCAUUGGUUGCAUUGUUUUGAUUAUUUGAGACAGACAGUACUAUGCACGGCUGAUGGAACACUGGAGCCACCAAAAGCUGAUUCGAAAGGAAAAGAAAAUGUCGACGGGAUGAUGGAGAGACAAUGCAAGGACCCUGAAGAGCUGUGGAAGUUGAGUGUUGAGUCUUUUGAUGAUUAAUUACCCAAUUCUAUCGAUGUUCUAGUUAUUUGCACUCUCAUGGAGUUUGAGUGCAAGAUGCUGUCAUUACGGAAUUCAAUCACCAUUCUCAAUGAUUGAAGAUACUUAACCGUCCGUUACAAUAAUCCUUAUGGCACCAAUGUGAGAUAUAUUUUAAAUCUUAGCAGCA